AUGCCAGCUGAAGAGGUUCUGAGGGCGGCGCAAUCAUCAACGUCGGCUGUACCACCGUCCUCGAGGCCCCUCCGAUGGGCCAAGCCUCAUAUCGUACCAGGAAAAGCCACACUCCAAGCAUUCUCCGACGUAUUGUGCAUGGAGACUUCCGGCACAGAUCUGAGGAUCAUGGUUGUCAGGCAAGGCUACAUUGUUGGCGACACAGGUUUGUGUCCCAUCGACUUUGCGGUAGCACACAAAGUGCCGGACAGGUCUUCGAAGGAAGCGAGCCUCACGUCGAGCGAAAUCUUGCGCAAGGAAUUAUCCAGCAAAUUGAAGGAUAACCUGGGAUCACUCUGA